GAAGGCGCCAAUUGGCGCUCCUGUAACUGCGAGGCCUCUCCUCGAGCUGACCAAUGAGAAGUCGUCUUGGUUCUCAUCCGGGUUGUGGAUGGUGGCAAGCAUGGCACCACCGGUGAGGUACUGCAUCCCCGGCGAACGUCUGUGUAACUUGGAGGAAGGCAGCCCCGGCAGCGGCACCUACACCCGGCACGGCUACAUCUUUUCGUCGCUGGCUGGCUGCCUGACGAAGAGCAGCGAGAAUGGCGCGCUUCCCGUGGUGUCAGUAAUGAGAGAGACAGAAUCCCAGUUACUUCCAGAUGUGGGAGCUGUCGUCACCUGUAAGGUCUCUAGCAUCAACUCACGUUUUGCCAAAGUACACAUCCUGUAUGUGGGAUCCACACCACUUAAAAAUGCUUUCCGAGGAACUAUCCGCAAGGAAGAUAUCCGGGCAACUGAAAAAGACAAGGUUGAAAUUUACAAGAGCUUCCGGCCAGGUGACAUAGUUUUGGCCAAAGUUAUCUCCCUAGGUGAUGCACAGUCCAAUUACCUACUGACUACUGCUGAAAAUGAAUUAGGAGUUGUGGUAGCCCACAGUGAGUCAGGUGUCCAGAUGGUUCCCAUCAGCUGGUGUGAGAUGCAGUGCCCCAAGACCCACACGAAAGAAUUCCGAAAAGUAGCCCGAGUGCAGCCCGAGUUCUUACAAACCUAAGCUUACUUUACCCUAAAGAGGGAAUCAACUACUUCUCAAAGUACAUGUAUGAAAAAACCUUUGAGAUGCCGUGGUCUUUAUUGAAGUACCUGCAGUCGGCUAGCAGCCAUCUCUUGAAACUGUGUCCCCGAAAUGAACACCCAAGGCUCCUGCAGCUGAGACAGGACGAUCGUUAGUUCCCAAGUUUGAGGCCAGCCUGGGCUACAUACUAAGACUCUUUCAAACAAAAGACAAAAAUGUAUAUAAUAUUUGAAAUACUAUUUUUGAGAAACUGAUUUUUAUUCUCUGGGCUCAUGAAUCUCAUUUAAAGGCACUCAACACACAAAAUCAUGUAAUGCUGAAAAUACCUUAUGCCUUUAUAAAUAUGUACAUAUGUACUUUCCUACGACUGGAAAAAAUCUUUUUCAUUUGUUAGUGAUAUAGUUUUCCUGGGGGGGGUGUGGGGUGUGUGUGUGUGUGUGUGUGUGUGUGUGUGUGUGUGUGUGUUUGUUUAAUGAGACCAGGUUCAGCUUUUUCGUGUGAAUGCUUGUGAUUUUAACUCGGGUGCUCAUGGUUGGGUAACAAUUUCCUUUGCCAUUUAAGCCAUCUCCCCAGCCCAUGCUGUCACUGUGUAGGUGGACUUGCAGUGUGAUCUUUCUUCCUCAGCCUCUGCAGUGCAGGGAUUACAGGCAUGGCUACCAUGUCUUCUGUUGUCUUUGGCAGAGAGGAGAAUCUAAGUAGUAUCGACUUUGGAUCAGGUGUGUUUACCUAGUGGCCCUCAUUAACCAGCCCGGGUCACCACCAGCUGUGUCUUGUGUCUGAUAUGUGCCCGCUUCCCUCUAUGUGCACCAUGUGUGUAGUGCCUCUGGAGGCCAGAAGAGGGCAUUGGAUCCCCAGUACUGUUAAAAGUUAUAAGUUGUGCUCUCCAAUUACUCAGCCACUGAUCUCACACACUUUUGUUUAGUUUUUUUGAGACAAGGUCAGAGUACUAUGUAAUAAACAUCUCAUUAACGUA